AUGGUGACGGUGCUCCAACCCGGCGGUCCGUGGAAUCAGUUGGCCAGCGCAUCGUUCCUGCUGUCUGCCCUGGUUUCGGAUCUCCUAAUCCUGCGCCUCUUCCUCUUUGCGGCCUACAUCUUUCUCUUCGCGGCGGCGCUGACGGGCUACCCCCGAUUCCCCCGGUGGGGCUGGCAAGAUGCGAUAUCCGUGGACGGCCUGGCCUGGUCCUCCACCAUCAUCGUCUUCCACGGCUACGCGGUCUGGCGGCACCUGUGGGACGAGCGCCCCAUCCGCUUCAGGAGCGAGGACGAGGAGCAGCUGUGGCGCCUGUUCCACCGCCGCAGCGGCAUGUACCGCCUGGAGAUGAGCGAGUGCCUGCGCUAUGGGCGCUGGGCGCGGUACGCCGCGGGCGACGUCAUCGUGACCCCGGGCGCCAGCCACCUCCGCCUGCACCUGGUGGUGGAGGGCCUGGUGGAGCUGGAGGUGGACCACGGCGCGGGCAAGGAGCGGGUGCUCAACACGCUGCACUCCGGCACCAUCUUCGACUUUGGCGUGGCCAACGUCUUCGGCGUGUACAUUGGCUUCGAGUGCGCGCAGGACGUGGGCUUCACAGCCCGUGCAAAGACCGACUGCCUGCUGUACGAGUGGUCCAUCGACGACCUGGAGGUGUUUGCCAGCCGACUGUCGCCCUCUGUGCCUGCCUUCUGGCGCUCCUUUGUGCUCUGCGAGGUGGGGCUGGAGUAUGCGGGCCGCGUCCACCCCGCCCGCGGCACGCGCUCCGCCAACGGCGAGUGGGAGGGCCCUGAGUACGAGGCCGGGGCCCGCUCCCGAGACUUCACCGAGCCGCUGCGCCCCGAGGAGCUGCCUCCGCGCCGCGGCCUCUGGGGCACCCUGCGCGCCGUCCUGCGCGUGUUCGACCCGCUCCCGCCCGCCGGCCUGCGCCACUGCAGCACGCCCAUGAGCGGCGUCAUGGCGCGCAACCGCCUGGCGGCGGUGGCGGCCGCCAAGGGGCUGGAGCAGCGUGCCACGCUGCAGGAGGAGGAGCGGGCGCAGGACGACGUGGAGGCCGCCAAGGCAGUGGCCGGCGUCAAGUGA